CUCACUCUUACCUUAUCCUCUCUCUUAUCUUAUCUCUCUAACUUUCUCAUCUUACCACUCCUUUAACACCUUACCCCUUUAACUCUUAUCUUACUCCUCCAACUCUAACUCUCAUCUUAUCCCUCUAACUAACUCUUAUCUUACACCUUCUCCACCCCACCCCUCCUUGUUCCAGCCCAGAAGCCGACAGCCAUUGUUUCACCUAUGACAGGGACAACCCGGGAUGUGGUGGAGGCCACGUUGAACAUCGGUGGAUUCCCUGUGGUGCUGAGUGACACGGCUGGGCUGAGGGACACCAGUGACGUUAUUGUAAAAGAGGGUGUCAACCGUGCCCGCCAAAGGGUGGACAGUGCCGAUCUUAUCCUUGCUGUCCUGGAUGCGGCUGAAGUGUCCCAACAAACUGACCAGCUGCCCUCCAUCUUGCUGGGCAUCGUGAUGCCCAAGGAACAUCCAGGGGCUCAUCCAUGCAUUCUGGUGCUGAACAAAGCAGACCUCCUCCAAGGAGAGGACCAAGAGAGUCUCCGGGUGGCCUGUGCCCAUUUGGGGUUGCCCCCUACCUGCUUACUCUCUUGCAAAACCGGAGAGGGAAUCGGACCAUUCCUGCGGACGUUGGCAGAUCACCUGGCACGCCUGUGUGGAGACCCCUUGGUUGGCUCCCCCAGCCCCACCCGUGCUCGGCACCAACUCGGCUUGACCAAGUGCCUGGAGGCCCUCGGACGUUUCGGCCAGUACCGGCCGGUGGAUCUGGCUCUGGCUGCUGAGGAAUUACGUCUGGCCCGGCGGCAACUGGGGCAACUGACGGGGCAAGUGGGGGCCGAGGAGAUCCUGACUCUCAUCUUCCAGGAUUUUUGCAUUGGCAAGUAAAGGGAGCAAGUUGGAACAGUUUGCUGGACGUUGUCGCCCUCCAGAGGCAGAUGGUGGUUUUACAGUUUUG